AUACCAGUGUUGCACAUGUUUUUCGGUGAAAUCGAUCCGAACAAUAAGGAAAUCGAGAAUUCAAAUUUAUUUUAUUUCAUGAGAACGAGCGAGGAGGGAAUUCCAGCGUUCGAGUCUUACGAGGAUUGUAAUAAGAGGAUUACGAAUUAUUUGAUCGUCGGUUCUCUCAAUGGAAAUUUGCUGCCCGCGAUGAAUAUGCUCCUCGUACACGCUUUCAAACCAUUGGUUGAGAACCAAUAUCGAGGACUCGGUGUGGCCCAACAACACAUUGAAGAAAUUCAUUCGGGCACCAAGAGCGACGAAACCCCAAUGGGCCGAGCUAACGCCACGCUUUCCACAAUGAUCGAUAACCAGGUCUAAUUACAAUCUCCCAAUCGUGGUUUUCACUCU